AUGGAUAACUCAAUGCCGAUAAUAAGGAAAAAAAGAAAUUCAACAGAUUAGACAUUAGAAAAUGGGUAUCCAAUUCCUCCGAUGAUAAAUUCAGAAAGAUUUAUUGCUAAUUUAUAAAAGAUUACAUUAAUGGAUAUAUUAGUACAAUUUAUUAGAGAUUCAGAAAAUAAGAGUAUAACUGAGAUUUUAAGAUCUAUAUUUGAGAUUGCAGAUAAAAAUAUAGAAGUUUAAGAUAAAUCUAAGGGAGAUUUAAGGAAUAAUAAUAAUAAUUACAGAGAUUACUAAAAAUUUGAGUCUAAUGAUGAAUAAAAUAAAAAAUAUUGGAAACAUUGUUCUGAUUAGAAAAAUAGUAAAUAAAAAGAUUUCAGAGGUAAUUAUAGAGAUAAUGAAAGAAGAAAUAGUAAUGAGAAAAGUUAUUAUUCAGAUAAAUAUGACAGAAAUGAAAAAUAUGAUAAAUAUGUAAAUAAUGAUAAUGAGGAGAGAUAUAAUAGAUAUAAUAGGAAUAAUAAUUAUGAUAGAAAUGAUAAGCAGGAUCGAUAUGAUAAAAUGAAUAAUUAUGAGAGAUAUGAUAAAAAUGAAAAAUAAUGGAAAUAUGAUAAAAAUGAGAGAAAUGAGAGAAAUGAUAAAUAUAAUAAAUAUGAUAAAGGUGAUAAUGAUUAAUAGAAUAAAGAGAGAAGAUAAAAUAAUGAAAAUGAAAAAGAGACAAAAGGUAUUAAUAGAGAUUGGGUAAUAAAGGUACCUGAAGUAAUUAUAAAGGAUGACUUAUUUUAAGAUAAUUAAAGUUAAGCACCAUUUUUGUCAAUAACUAGUCCUAAAUGA